UAAAAUCAAGAAUGAUAGACUUUUAUUUUGCGGGGAAAACAGAGCCCCCACCACCCAGCGCCAUCAUCAGAGGAAGAUAGAUAGAGAGAGAGAGAGAGAGAGAGAGAAAACGAGGGUCCUAAAUUCCUAAUCCAAAAUCCCAAACCCUUCUUUUAUGUUCCUCUUGAUGCCAUUGAAUUGCUCAGAUUCAAACACGGCACCAUAAAUUGUUAUAAAAACAAAAAUCUCUUUUAAACAUAUAAUAAAAAUAAAGAUAAUGCGGUCUUCGAGCUUGGCUGUUUUAUGAUCUGCCUCUGCCCUUUCCGGCUGCUUUUCCUAUUAUUAUUAUAAUUUUUUUUUUUUGAAAUACCUUUUUCGUCUUCGCUGUCUUCUUCUUUUUUCUUUGUUCAUGCCCUGAGAUAAAAGAAAAGGAGUAAAAGGAGAAGUAAUAAACGGAAAUGGCUACAAGAGGAAGCAGAUCAGAGAAGGUGAAGAGGAUUUUUCAGCAAUUCGAUGCUAACCAUGACGGAGGUCUCAACAGGGAGGAGAUGGCAGCUCUCGUCGUAGCCGUUAAUCCUAGGGUCAAGUUUAGCGAUGAACAGAUCAAUGCCAUUCUCGACGAGGUCUUCCGGACGUACGGUGAGUUCAUCGACGGCGAGAAAGGUCUAACCUACGAGGGGCUUUUGCGGACAUACGACGACGGUGCCGGCGACGUCGACCGUGACUUCGACGCGCUGGGGCUCGAGCUCAUUUUGGACGACAAAGGGGUUUCCUUGGCGUCUGAGGCUUCAUCGUCUUCGAUAGUGGACGAGCGGGUCGUGGAGUCGCAGAAGAAGCAGAGGACGGCUGCUUGGGCGGUGUCGCCGAAUCACGGAAUCGUGUUCGACGAUACGUGGAAGAUUGUGGACGAUUUGGAGAUUUUGAUAAAGAGGUUGAAGGCUAAACAAGCCAAGGAUGGGAAACUGAAAGGGGACAACUUCGACGCCUACUCGGAUGCUGGGUGGUCGCGGGAAUUGGGGCCUUCUUCGGAGCUUUCGGACAAGAGAGUGUUCUGGGAAGAAUCUGGGCACGACUAUGCUGUGUUUGUGAAGGAAUUGGGGGUGUUGAGGACCAGAGCUGACGGUGCUAGGUCGAGGGAAGAGGCUUUCGAUGGGCACAUGGCCAUUGGGAGGGUUUUGUAUGAGCACCAGCUGUUCAGGGAGGCCAUGGUGAGUUUCAAGAGAGCUUGUGAGUUGCAACCUAUCGAUGUCAGGCCGCAUUUUAGAGCUGGGAAUUGCUUGUAUGUUCUUGGCCAGUACAAAGAGGCAAAAGAGGAGUUCUUGUUAGCUCUCGAGGCAGCUGAGGCCGGAGGGAACCAGUGGGCAUAUUUGUUACCACAAAUCUAUGUGAAUCUUGGGAUUGCGCUUGAAGGUGAAGGUAUGGUUUUAAGUGCCUGUGAGUAUUAUAGAGAAGCUGCAAUUCUUUAUCCAACUCAUUUUAGAGCUUUGAAACUUCUUGGUAGUGCUCUCUUUGGUGUUGGGGAAUAUAGGGCGGCCGUGAAGGCCUUAGAAGAGGCCAUUUUUAUGAAAUCAGACUACGCCGAUGCGCAUUGCGAUUUGGCUUCUGCUUUGCAUGCCAUGGGGGAGGAUGAGAGGGCAAUUGAGGUCUUUCAGAAAGCCAUUGAUCUAAAACCUGGUCAUAUAGAUGCUUUGUAUAAUUUGGGUGGGCUUUAUAUGGAUUUAGGUAGGUUCCAGAGGGCUUCUGAGAUGUACACUAGGGUUUUAGCUGUGUGGCCAAACCAUUGGCGAGCACAGCUUAACAAGGCUGUGUCCUUGUUGGGAGCUGGAGAGACUGAGGAAGCUAAGAAAGCUCUGAAGGAAGCAUUGAAAAUGACCAACAGAGUGGAAUUGCAUGAUGCCAUAUCACAUUUGAAGCAGCUGCAGAAGAAGAAGGUGAAAGGAAAUGGGGGUACGAAUGGAGAGGGGGCUUUUGUCGUUGUGGAACCCUCAAAAUUUAAGACAGUUGGUGAGAAGACUACGUUGAGACAGGACUUGUCCAGCGCUCUUGGAAUUAGGGCUUUUCAAAGGGUUACAAGAUUGAGCCGCUGUGAUGUAGAGCUCGUGAAGAAGGAAAUGAGUGAUAAAGACGUCCCAGUGUCCUAUUCUGGUAGUGGUGUUCCCGAGAGAUCCAUACGUAAGCCCAACUUGGAAGAAAUACUCCGGAGGUUGUUAAAUUUUCUAAAGCCUGAGACAUUCCAGGGAGCUGUCAAAGCCAUAAAUGAGAGGAUACUCUCUGUCUUGGAUGAUAUGGGUUCAGGCAGGGUGGACUUGGGCAUGUUUUAUGCUGUUCUAGCCCCCAUUUGCAAUGGUCCUCCAGAAAAGCGUAAACGAAUUGCAUUUGAUGCGCUUCUGUGGCGUCCUGUGAAUGAAGGUGGUUCUCAGAUUAGAAAAGCUGAUGCAGCUGGAUAUAUCAAAUUGCUGAGGGCUAUAUAUGUCCCUUCCCAGGGAGUGAGUGAGAUGCUGGAAGUCCAUGGAGAAACCGAUGCUUCAAUGGUUUCUUUUUCAGAGUUUCUUGUAAUGUUCGAUGACCCAGAUUGGGGUUUUGGUAUCAUGUCCACUUUGUUGAAGCUCGAGACUGGCGAUAGGAACCGCCAUGGUGACCAUAUCUGCUCAGUUUGCCGCUAUCCAAUUAUUGGUUCCCGCUUUAAGGAGAUUAAGGCUCAUUUUAGUUUAUGUAACCAAUGCUACAGUGAUGGGAAGGUGCCUCCUACCUAUAAGCAGGAAGAGUACAGAUUCAAAGAAUAUGUAAGUGAAUCCGAAGCAAUGAAAGAUAAAUGUAUGUGCUUUAGUUUGCAAUCCCAUAACGAUCCAUAGUUAGAUAAUUUUAAGUCUUUUUUUUUUUUUUUUUAUUUUAUUUCCGUCGAUCCUGUAUUAUUCUGUGGGUUAUUCUAGUUGUUUCAGUGUGAAAUACGUAGUUCUUGAAUGUGUUCAUUGGCCGUGAUGCCCUUGUAUCAUAAAUUGUUUCAAGCGCCGCUCCAGUAUCUCUGUUUGCCGAUAUUGUCUGUGAAAAACCUCUUUCUAUUAUUUUUCAUAGCUCUUUGAGAUGCUGUAUAGUGUCAGUAUCAUCUAUGGUCCUCCAUGUAGAACUUUCCUUUUUUCCAGAUGUAUACAUUGUAGGGCAAUUGGCUUUCCAUGUAGGGUUUCUUCCAAUUUUACGGGACAUUUAAAAUUCUGCUGUAUCAAUAUAUGACCAUUGAGAAGGUGGCUUUCCCCGA